AUUUUUAUAAAAAAAUUUUUUCAGUUUGUCCCAAAUUCCCCAAAAUUUUGUUUUGUUCCUAUCACGUUAGUGCUGCCACCUUUUCAAAAUUGCUGAUCCGGACAGGGUUAAAAAUUUAUAUACGUAAAUUGGCAACACUGCCUUGAACAGGUGGUAACCGUUUUUGAAAUUCGUUUUGUGUCAGCCAAUCUUUAUUAAAUUUACAAGUUCGCUUCCUCUUUUUUAGAGCUUUCAAUUUCUUCAGUUGUCAUAUUAAAUAAUUAAAAUAGAAAUUAUAAACUUUUAAACUGAAACUGUCACAUUCGUUUUUCAAUAGGUGUGUUCUAACACAAGUUCCUAACUGGUUUGAAUUUGAAAUCGUAUGCGGCAUGCGCAAUGUCAUUUUACAGCCAAGAACUGAACAAUGUGAAUGCCAGUUUUAAGGACUUGUGUUGGAACAAAUCUAAUAUUUGCCAAAGAUAUUUGCAAGUUUGAAUUUUAAAAGUACAUUUUCUGCCACUCAGCCUAUAGAUAAGAUGGAGGUAACUUUUGUUGUAACAAAUAGUACAAGACAAAAACAAUGACAUCACUAGUAGAAAUUAGCAUAGAUGAAAGAAGCUGACUGAACUAGCUAGAAUUCUAGCGAUGGGAGGAGUCAAGCAGUAGUUAGAAAUGAGUUCAACGUUGCAGCAUAACUAGACUUAGCAAGAAUUCUGCAUUACUGAACACAACCCAGAAUGCUCAACCUUAAGUGUUGCCAUCCUUACGUUUCACCAAAAUCUCAUAUAUUAGUCAAAUUUAACAAAUAGACAUUUGUUCCAAUAAUGUUCCAUAGGGUUCUAUUCUGUCACACCCAAACAACUCGGGAAUUGGAAAACAUUCAUGUAGUGUUCGUUUUUUGUAUUAUAUGCACCAGAAAUUGGUUCUGUGUCUGUUAGAAUUUAACUACUGUUAUGGUAGAAAAUUCCACUUCAUUCGAUUGUUAGGCAAUUGUUUCUGAAAAAGUUUUGUUUCUAUAUUAGACAGGUUUCUGGAACAUAAUACAUAAUAAUAAUAAUAAUAAUUUAUGUAGCAAAUCAUUCCACUUUUAGGUUUUUUUUCCGUUUGUCUAUUUUAUCAUGAUAUAGUUUUGAAAAGAUGUUCAACUUCAUGAAAAAUAACAAAACAAAUAUUAUUUUUCAAAAAGAGAACAGAAGAAUUCAAACCUAAAAAUAUAUCGAGUUUCUAGUUAAUUAACUUACAUAGCUUUGCAUUUCACAUUCAAUAGCAAAUUAUCUACAUUAUGCAAUAUUUUAAAAAUUUAUUAAACAAAUAUUUUAUUUUAAUAUUUCAUUGGGAAAAAUCAGUAUAUUAAUUUUGGCUAAGAUCAUUAGCAACCUUUCUAUCUUUCUAUUUUUUUGUUUUCUGCAUGAUAAAUAAGGUCAUACCUAUGUUAUACCACUAUUAAGAUAUUUAUGGUAUAUAUAAAAGCAGAAAGAGUAAAAAUAUAUAUACCCUUGGCUCUAAGAGAGUUUUUUUUAUACUUGGGUUUCUCCAGAUCUACAAUGGGACAGGGAUUGAUUGACAGACUAAUAUGUAAAUUUUCUAGAGUUGUUCACUCAGAAUUGUCCAAAGUCCCAGAGCAGUAGUCUGAUACCUUAACCACUUUGGUUAUUCAACUAUUGGCAUUUAUAUAUCAAGCAUGACAUAGUUUAUAUGUAGUAACAAUACUUGAAAAGAAUAAAUAAAUAAUUGAUAGUUUGCUUCAAAUAUCAGAAAUGGCAUGUGCAACUGACAGCAAAUGAGUAAUUGGUACCUAUUCAAUAUAGACUGUUUACUGUAUAUAUGAUACAACAUAGAUUAAUUUUGUUGAGUCUAAAUAUGAAAUCAUUUACAGAUUAAAAAGUAAAUUUUGAGAAAUUUUGCAAAUUUCAUUAACUUUAAAGUUCACAUAUUAAAUUGUGAAAGAUUUAAAGAAUGCUAGGACUGUCCAUACGAGAGGAGGUAAUUUAGAAUAUGACAAAGUGAGGGAAGGAGAAUGAUCCUUGUAAUAUCACAUAUUAUGUUAACUAUUAAUCACUAUCAUAAGUGCAUUUUUAAUGCAAUAAGUUAAACUUAAAACAUAUUUAAAAAUUUAGUUUUUUCACUUAAGUUUAUAUAAGAACAUUAAAAGAUAGCAAGAGGCUGUGUGUAUAAAACAAUUAGACUACUCAUAAUGGAUGAUGAGUACAUCGUAGUCUUAGAGUUUUUUUCACUAUAUCCAUUGAUCUAUACACAUUUUCUAACAAAUCACGAGUUCAGAAUAUAAUAUAUAAACUAGAGAGCUAAGAUUUUUGAUUUUCAAAAAAUGGGACAAAAAUGAAAAUUUUACUAAAAUGACAGGAUGGCCAGAACAGAGGGAAAAAAUGGUACUGUCCCAUUCAAAAUGUUUGAAAAUAUGCCAUCUGUUAUUGAUAAAAAGAUGUUGACUGAUGCAAUAUUAGAUCAAUUUCCUAAAUCCAUUGAAGAAAGAAAAAUUUUAUGUGAGGAAGGAAUUGACUUUACAAAAAUAACAGUUCUACAAUUAGAAUGUAAAAGUAUAUUAACAAUAGAAUAUUUAUGGCCAUUAAUUAAUCUCAAAGAAUUAAUUUUAUCUGAUAACCUUAUUGAAGAAAUUGAAGGAUUAGACUUAUUGGUUCAUUUAAUUAGAUUAGAUUUAUCCUUCAACAAUAUUGAAGACAUUAAAGGCUUGGAUAAACUUGAAAAAUUAGAAGAUUUAUCAUUAUUUGCAAAUAAAAUUAUCAAAUUAAAAAACAUGGAAAAAUUAGUUAAUCUUCAGUUAUUUUCUGUUGGAAACAAUCUUUUGUGUGAUUUUAAUAAUGUUCUAUAUUUAAAACAGUUUAAAAAACUACGCUGUCUUAAUCUUGAAGAGAAUCCAAUUUCUAAGGAAAAUUUCUUUGAACUUCAUACAAUUGCAGUGCUACCAAAUUUAAUGUACCUAAAUUACAGCUUAGUUACAGAAGAAAAGAAAAGUUUAUCAAAAGGAAUAUUUCAUUUGGAAUAUGAAGAAGCAUUAAAUGAAAUUUAUGAUAAUGAACAACAAGAAAUUAAAGAGAAAGAACAAAAACAAAUAACAGAUUAUUAUAAGGUAUUUUCAGAUGUUAAAACUCAAGGACUUGAGUUUCCAGGUUUGACAGACAUGAAGAAAGAAUUAUAUGUGGAAUAUAAAGCUAAAUUGAAAAAUUUAGUAGACACAUUAAUGAAGCUUGAAAUGGAUGUAAUUGAACAAGUUGAAGAAUUUAAUAGAAUAUUUAAAUAUGCAAUUAGUGAGAUUAUAAAUAAAUACAUACAAAGAAUACAAAAACUUCAGACUAUUCUGAGAGACUAUGAACAACAAUUUUCUGAACAGUUUGAAGAAUUUUGCAGAACAUGUAUAGAGCAUUUUGAUAAACAACGCUUAGUAAAUGUCGAAGAAGAUAUGGAAAUUUUUCUGAUUAGUCCACAAAAACUACAGUCUCUAGCCAGAGAAUGCCAUGACCGACGAUUGACAAUCAUUAACAAAAGAGAAAAAAUCACUAUUGAAAGAUUGAGAGAUUGGCUAAAUGAUAUUACAUCAAGAAUUUAUUCAGAAGAAAUAGACAGAAAUAGGAAAAGAAUAAAUGAAAUUAUUUGUUUUAAAGAUUAUUAUGAAAAAGAAGGAUAUUCAUUCUUAUUUAUUGGGGAUGAAGAGACAGAUUAUGACGAUGACGAAAAGUCGUCAUCAUCAAGUGUGAAUGGUAAUUAAGUUGUCUUAUAUAUAACCUUAAGACUUUAAAUGAAUGGAUAUUUAAUUUUAAUGUUAUAAAUUCACAUUGUUUUAUCUGAAUUUACA